AUGGGUUUACCGAUGGGUGGGUCUGCUUCUCCUAUACUGGCCGAAAUUGUCAUGAAUAAACUGCUUUACUUUGUACAUCAAAACGUACAGUUCGAAUUUCCAUUUUUAUAUCAAUAUGUCGAUGAUCUAAUCACCGCAGUGCCACGUAAUGAAGUACAAAGCACACUUGGCAUAUUUAAUUCUUAUAACACUCACUUACAGUUUACGGUGGAGGAGGAGGAUUCAGACUCAUCGGUCCCUUUCCUAGACACUAGAGUAGUUAGAACAGAUAAUAACAUCAUCUGCCUGGAUUGGUAUCGUAAGGACACCAAUUCAGGUAGACUCAUUCCGUUUCAUUCUUACCAUCCUAUGAAACAAAAAAUCAACACUAUAAUAGGAAUGAAAAAUAGAAUACUUAAGAUAUCACACUUAAGUUUCAAAGAAAAAAACCUAAAACUUUUGUUUGACACUUUAAUAGAGAACUGUUAUCCAUCAAAAUUGCUCAAAAAAUUGUUAUAUUCCAACGAGUUAAGAAAUGAGACAGUAAACAAUGUUAACAAUCAUAAUGACACAAAUUUAGAGAACACCACAAAAUAUGGUGUACUACCCUAUAUACACAACUUAACAAAGCCACUCACAAGACUGUUUAGUGACUUCAACAUAAAGAUAGCGAAUUAUAACAACAGAAAGCUUAAUACAUUUUUUUCUAAGCUUAAAGAUCGCACCCCAACAUCUAAAUGUAGCAAUGUCGUUUAUGGUUUGCCAUGUGAGUGCGGAAAAAUAUAUAUCGGUCAAACAAGUCAACGAUUGAGCAAAAGAUUAGCGCUCCACAAAAGUGAUUGUAGACACAAACCACAAGCUACGAGCCUAAGUAUCCAUGUCUCAGAAAAUGACCAUAGGGUUCUUUACGACGAUGUCAUAAUCUUGGAUAGGGCAGAUAAAGACUUUCAUCGUAAAUUCUUAGAAAUGUGCUACAUUAACAACUGUGCUAACGCGAUAAACCAUAAAAAAGAUGUUGAACAUUUAAGUACUAUUUAUACUUUAUUACUACAGCAAAAUUUCACAAAACGAAAGAAAUUACCACAGUCAUAUGUGAGUGACCUUCACUUACAAUAA